AUGAAAUCAUUGAGCAGUGUGGGGAUUGGUUUGAGCAUAGCUUUUGCUUCUCUUUUGUUAGCUUUGGUUGGUGAGUUAUAUUAUUUGUUAUGGUGGAAGAAGAGAUUAACAAGUAGAAGGGAUUUCUUUUACAUGUUUUGUUUGAAAACUUCAUCAUCUUCAUCACCACCAACAACAAAUGAAGAUGAUGUUCAUCAUCAUAAUAAUUUGCAUUCAAACAAAGAUGGGAUGUUGAAGCCAUUUGAUGACCAUCAGCAUCAGCAUCAUCAUCAUCAGCCCGAGUUGAUGAGGCCUACGCCAAGGUUUCUCUUCACCAUUGCUGAAGAAACAAAGGAGGAUUUGGAGUUAGAAGAAGGUAAAUCCAAGGGUAAGUUUGGGUCAAGAGAUAUGAGUGUUGAAACCCCAUUUUUAACCCCACUUGCUUCCCCAACAUUUUUAACACCUCCCCAUACACCAACGGUUGAUGAACCCAUUCAACAACAAGGGUUCGACCCUUUGUUUGAAGCUACAACUGAUGCUGAGUUCAAUAAGUUAAGAUCAUCACCACCCCCAAAGUUCAAGUUCUUGCAAGAAGCAGAAGAGAAGCUUCAUAAAAGAAUGUUAAUGGUUGAUGAGGAUAAUGAUGGUAAUAACAAUGGUGGAUUUGACGAAGAAAAUGGUGAAAUGACACCUCCUUCAAGGUAUCUCAAAGAUGAAGAAGAUGAAUCUUUUAUCACAAUCAUUGUUAAUAAUAAUCACAGUCAUCAACAGGUAAUUCCUCUAAGUCUAACCAAAAAAAAUUGA